UGAGCGGCGAAGUCAAGUCAAGAAGAAAGAAAACACCGACGAGCGAUAAAAUGGCUGUUACACCGCGUUUGAUUCAAAUCCCGACUCCAGCUUGUAUAAUAUACUUAAAAGUUAUGGAAAUGUCUACUAACAUCAUCAGAGAAGUACAGUAAUAUCUCCCUCUUUAUUUUCUCACUUUUACAAAAGCUCAUAUACUUCAGCUUGCUGGCUUUAAUGAUCACAAAAAUGCAAUCCCUCGCUACAAGGAUAGUUUUAUCCUCGAAGUACUACAUCCCCUUAACUCAUACCGCAACUGCCUGUAUCCUUGAUGCUAGAAUGAAAUUUUCGAUGGCAUAGGUUUUUUUUUCGGUUUCAAGUCACAAAACGGCGGCAAACAAAAAGAUGUAAAUGUCAAAGCGCGGGGAUAGGAUGGUGGUUACUAAAAAUAGCCAGAUUCGGAAUCGACAUGGCGCGCGGGUGAUACCAAAGUGUCCCUCUCUUAUCUUAUGCUCUCUUGGAAACUAUAGAUUAUUUUAGGAAAAUUAUUAUGCAGCUUUAUCAAAAUAGUGUGCAGAUCAAUCAAAAUACCCAUACAGUCGUUUUCGUUAACAAGAGUAUGGAGAUGACUCAACCAGUUUUUGUGACUUUGAAACUGAAGGUUGGACUUUCUGUGGUUUCCAUUCUCGUGCGGACAUUUUACUGUCCAGCGGUGUUCUCCCACUUGGCGUCUCUUGCUCUUUUCCGUUUUGUUUUUGUUGUUGUCACCUUUUUGUUUGCCUUUCGCACCUCGACACUAUGGAAACUUUCAAGAAAAGGUACUUGAGGGUCUGCAAUGAACACAUAAUUCUUCCACUAGAGUCAGUAAUCUCCCACUCCGCGCGAGCUAUACCUGAAACAAGUCGAUGUUUAGAUCUAUCUUCGUACAAUCUCACCCCUGAAGACUGCCAUGCGCUCGCUACCACUUUAUCCGACGAUCUUUACUUUGAAGAACUGAGCUUUGCAGACUGCCUCUUAAGUGAGGAAUCAUGUAAGCUCAUUCUUCUUGGCCUAAUGCAAAACAGAUCAAUCAAGAGCUUGAAUCUGAAGGGUAAUAAUAUCCGUUGUGGUGGCGCCGAGGUUUUGGGUCAGUUUUUGAAACGCAACACAACUGUGCAAAGUUUACAACUUGAAUGGAACUCUAUUGGACUGUGGGAAAGUGGAAUAGCCGCUGUAGCUGAGGGACUUGCUAUGAAUCAAGUCUUGAUUGUUUUGGACUUGAGAAAUAAUCAGAUUAGUCAUGAAAGUGCUAGUCAUCUAGCAAUGGCGUUGCGUAGAAAUAGUACACUUAGGGGACUGGACUUGCGCUGGAAUAAUAUCGGGAUACUUGGAGGCAGGGAGCUUCUAUCUGCAUUCAAAGCCAACACGACAAUAACCACGCUACAAUUAACAGGAAAUAACAUCCCACAAGAUAUAUUGAAGGCAAUUUUUUUGGCAACAAAGCAAAAUAAUGAUAGAAAGUCAGUCAAUGAAGAACAUCAAGCAAGAACAGAGAUGAUGGCACGGGAACUUGAGAAACUGGAGACUCUCAAAACAAAAGAGGUCCUAACAUUAAGAGAUGAAAUUGAUAGAGAGAGAUUCCAACACGCACAAACCAAUAAAGCCACUCAAAAUAAAAUUGAUCACCUGAAAAGUGCUUUAGAGGAAAGAAAAGAUGCUUUUGACUCACUCUCAGCUAAUCUUUCUGCAACUGAAGCUGAACUCUCUGUGUCACAACAGAAGUGCCAUGACCUUGAGAACUUGUUGUCAACCCUGAAGAAAGAAUUACACACUGAAAGAGAAGACCGUACAAAUGCUGAACUGAAGAAUCACAAAGAGCUGAACAAGGUUUUAGAAAGAAACAUGGAGCUUGAGUCGUCAGUUAGUGCAAUGGAGAGAAAAAAUAAGGCCUUGGAGAAAUCUGUGAAUGAUCUAGAGAAGGAGAUUAAGAAAAUGGAGCAAAAUUAUGAGCUCAAAUCUAAAGAAAGUGAUGAAAAAUUUCAUAGAGAACUUCAGAACACUAAAGAUAGAUUGCAGAAGGACUUUCAAAGCUUCCAUCAAAGGACAUCAGAAAAUAGUCAGAGUAUGCAGGAUAGAAUUUUAAAACUGGAGGAGGAAAGAAACAGUUUAGAGGUAGAGGUUAGCAGACUAAGAUCAGAGCUAGUGUCUUCCAAACUUAAAGCAGAUGAAGAUUUAAUGAAUGCUAAAACUAAGCUCAAACAGGAGGAAUUAGUAAGAUCACGCCAAUACGACGAACGGAUCCACCUCCUUCAAACCUCUUUUGAAGAGCUUCAGUUACAGAGUACAAAACAGCAAUCGAAGAUUUCAGAACUGCAAUCCCAACUCAGUGCUAUAACAAGAGAGAAUGAAAUCAACAAAAGACAGCUGGAGACAAUGAAACAGCAGCUAGACCAGAAAGAGUCAGAGUAUAGAAAUGAGGUGAAUCGGUCUCGUCUAGAGCUUGACUCAGAAAGAAAAACCCAGAGUGAACUUCGAGACAGAAUUUUGAGUUUGGAGAACCAAAUAAACAGUGAAGCAAAGAGGCAUAGGGACAUACUGGCUCAAAAGGAAAGUGAACUAUCUUUUGUUAGUGAACAGCUAAGAACACGGGAAUCAGAGAUCAAGCGUAAUCAGGAAGAGGAAGUUAAACGUGCUGAGAUGUUAGAGAAAGCUAUUUAUAGUUAUGUUUCAAGUACUAAAACAGCUUCUAGACCAAACUCUCCAUACAAAACUUAGUUUUGCAUUUUUAGUCUUGAUAAUGUUUUUAAAAAUAUUAUACUAGUGUUGGUUUUAAAGUAAUGUUAUUAUUUAUAACUUCCAGUGUACAGUAAAUCAAACACUUUUUAAUAACUUAUUUGGCUAAACAAUUUACUUGACUUGCAGAGUGUUGUUUUAUAUUGACUAUUUUUACAAGGUACAAAGAGUGGUAUUAUUAUGAUAUUAGUAAGUUAACACUUAUAUUGUACAUUUCUAUAUAAUCAAUGGGCAUAAGCCAUUAUUAUUUGGUAAACUAAUUACAUAUAGUUAAACAGGUGCCAAAUGUGUGCAUUUAUAUGGACAAAUAUCAAUUUAUGCACAUUGAUAUUUUAUAUUUUUACCUACAAAAUUUAGAGAACUGAGGCUUAAUAAAAGAAAGUAACUUUUUA